CACGCAGAGAGGAGCAGCGCACGAAUGGUCGCAGAGGCUUCUUUGCUUUGGCGUGCGGCUUCAUCGCUUUCAAUCAUCAGUGCCUUUCCAAGUCACCUCCGAAUCCAGAUCGCUCAUCUCCCACAAAGCGUCUCUUGCCCCUCAUCCUGAUCUCGAAAGCUUCCGCCUCGACCUCGUGUGGAAAGCUUGCUACCCUAGAAGAGCUCUCGAGUCUUGUAUUCAGUAUGGGAGGCAAGAAGCUCACUGCAAAGACGAUUAGGAGAAAGAAUGCCGCGACGCAUCCCGAUUCCAGAAGAGCUGCUCAGCUGCAGAGGGUCGCCCAUCGGCAGGAGAAAUUGAGCUCUCAGAGAAGUGACAGGAAGAAGGAUGUGGCCUCAAAGCUGGAGAGGUUACGUGUGAUGAUCGCGCUCUUGCCUUCCAAAACGACGCACCUAGAAGACUUGUCGAGCCUUCACGCGCACGUUCGCACAAAGUACCUCUCGCGUCAUUCGACCGACCUGCAAGCCUUUAAAUCGCAGCGCAGACAAGGGCGUCCACCCGACAUGCGAGAGGUUCGACUGCAAGAUGCGGUCAAGCGCGAUGAGGAAGAGUACAGGACUGGAUUGGUCGUGCCUGACCUGUUGGACCGCAACAAUGUCGCAUUGUUGCGAAAGUGGGUCGAAGAUGGUGCGAAGAAUCAGCACCAGUUGGGUUUGUUCAGGUUCAGAAAGAUCAGCGCGCUCUAUCCAGAUCAGUUCACCCUCGUCCAGGCUGGACUUCAUAAAGAUCUCGCGCCCACAAUAGAGGCCAUCGGUGAAGCUUCCGGAUCCGGACACGUUCUGGGUGACGACGAUUCAAGUGACGUGGAGGAGGAUGACCAGCGGGCAGACGCGCCGCAAGCCAUGUCUACGGAUGCUUGAGAAAAUCAGACAUCCCCACAGUCCACGCAUGCAAACGUUGCGCUGCAUAUUGUGCUCGUGUAGCAUUCAAUUCUAGUAAGGCUAGCGCUCGCCAUUCUGCAUCAGCAAAAGUAUCGAUCGCCAAAGUCUCCGAGACCGGGCACGACUGAGGUGAAAGCAAGGGGCAGACGCAAGGAAGGAGCGCAUCAGCAAUGAGAUCCCCAUUGCGAGGGCUCAUCUCCAUGACCACAGAGCGCAGACUCACUGUAAUUCCUUUCAUCCAACCCCUCAUCGACCCAAGCGCUAAUAACUCUCACUUCUGGAUACCUAGCAUAUACAUUUGCUAGUCCCUCGGGACUGGCGACUAGGUUGAGGAAUAGGAUCCGAGACGCUUCCACCCCGUGA